GCCCAUACCAGAAUACGUCAGUACAUAAAAAACCCUAGCAGUAUAUUACUCCUCCCAGCUUCUCCAUUUGUAGUCUGCUAGCGCUUCUACUCCUUCAGAUCGCCGAAAAUGCCGUUCAAGAGGUUUGUGGAGAUUGGAAGGGUAGCCCUAAUCAACUAUGGAAAGGAUUAUGGAAGGCUCGUUGUUAUCGUCGACGUCAUCGACCAAAAUAGGGCUCUUGUUGAUGCUCCAGACAUGGUGAGGAGCCAGAUGAACUUCAAGAGGCUUUCACUUACAGAUAUCAAAAUUGACAUCAAAAGAAUUCCAAAGAAGAAGACCCUGGUUGAGGCUAUGGAAGCUGCUGAUGUGAAGACCAAGUGGGAGAACAGUUCAUGGGGAAGGAAGUUGAUAGUGCAGAAGAGGAGGGCUGCACUUAACGAUUUUGACAGGUUCAAGCUUAUGCUGGCAAAGAUUAAGAGAGCUGGAGUUGUGAGACAGGAGCUGGCAAAGCUCAAAAAGGCAGCUGCUUGAGAACUAUCUGAUCAGUGAAAGUGAUAUAUAGGAUUUUUGGAUCUUGUAUUUUGUUUAGCUUUGAGGGAUGUUAUUAGAACAAGUCUGUCAUAUUUCAUGCCUUGC